AGGUGACAGCGGCGCGCGACGCUCGGGCCGUGUUGACGGCCUCUGACGUGUCUCCGUCAACAUUGUAACAAUGGCGGACGCCGUGGACGAAGCUCUUCAGGGCAGCUGGGACCAGGAUCUCGCUGAGGCUCUGGACUCUGGUGGCUCUGACAUGGAGAUGGAGAGAGGCGUCAUCCAGGUCCAGGAGAAUUCAGCUCAACACAGAGCCAAGAUGUGGAAGAUCGCUCUCAAUGUUUCUGGAAAAGGAGACAGCCUGUCUCCGUGGGACGGCGUGCUCGAUUUACCAGAACAAACCCUCAUUCACAACCGCAGUGAACAGCUGAUCGACCAGCUGGGAGUGUCCGAGGAGGAGAGGGACGACAUGGUGUCUGACAUUGAGUCGGUCAUCACUUUCUACUGCAAGUCCCGCAACAUCUCGUUCACCCCGGAGCUGAGCUGGCCGCAUCUCCUCAAACCACUCCUGGGGCUUCAGCUUCCCCGCAGCGACCUCUACAACUGCUUCUAUGCUAUCAUGAAUAAAUACAUCCCCAGGGACUGUGUGCCGAGCGGCCGACCCUUCCACCUGUACAGACUACUGCUGCAGUACCACGAGCCGGAGCUCUGCUCCUUCCUGGACACCAAAAAGAUCACACCCGACUCCUACGCCAUUAACUGGAUGGGCAGUCUGUUUUCCAGCCACUGCCUUCCUGAAGUCACCAAGGUCUUGUGGGACUUUUACCUCCAGCAGGCUGACCCCUUCCUCAUCUUCUUCCUCAUGCUCAUCAUCCUCGUCAAUGCCAAAGAGAGCAUCCUUACACAAGAAGGAGACAGCAAAGAGGACAUCAUCAAAAUGCUGGAAGUGUCACCGUCUCUCCUGGAGGCUGAAGACAUUGAAGAUUUGUUUUCUCUGGCUCAGUAUUACCAGAGCAAGACGCCUUUGUCGCUGAGAAAGAUGAACCAGAAUCUGUUCGGUAGCAGCCUCGUGGCUCUGAAAGAGGAGGACACUGACCUGAGUCAGGCGCUGUGCCUCCCCGUGUCUGUCCCCGAGAUCCUGCAGGCCAACCAGCUGCAGCAGGAUGGGGUCCGAUUCUUUGUGGUGGAUUGUCGGCCUGCAGAGCAAUACAACUCCGGGCACCUGUCCACGGCCUUCCACCUGGACUCUGACCUGAUGCUCCAGAACCCCUCUGAGUUCGCUCUCUCUGUCAAGUCCCUCCUGGAGGCUCAGAAGCAAUCUUUGGAGUCCGGCUCCAUCGCCAGCGGAGAGCACCUGUGUUUCAUGGGCAGUGGGAGGGAGGAGGAGGACAUGUACAUGAACAUGGUGCUGGCACAUUUCCUGCAGAAAAACAAAGAAUAUGUCAGCAUCGCUAAAGGAGGUUUCAUGGCCCUCCAAAAGCAUCUGGUAGACAUGAAUGUGGAGGGCCUCGACUCGUCGUACGUCCACUGGAUCGUCAGCACGUCAGGAUCUCACAGCAGCCUCAGCUCUGCUGACGGGGAUUCAGUCCCCGGAGACAGCAAAGGCGUCAAGUCUUUGGUCAACAAAAUGACGUUUGCUCUCAAGUCGAAGUCUGUAAAUGUGAAGGAGAAGAUGAUCAGCUUCAUCGAGAAUACCUCCACCCCUGUAGAAAGAAUAUCUUUCAAUCUGCCCUGGCCAGAGAAGGUGACUCCGGAUCGGCACGUGAGCAGCAGCGACCGCGUCGGCAAACCUUACCGCGGGGUGAAGCCUGUUUUCAGUAUUGGUGACGAAGAGGAGUACGAUACAGAUGAGAUCGACAGCUCAUCCAUGUCAGAUGACGACAGGAAGGAGAUUGUCAACAUUCAGACGUGGAUACACAAACCGGAUGUAAAGCAUCACAUUCCAUGUAACGAGGUGAAGGAAACCGGUCACAUGUUCCCCAGCCACUUGUUGAUCACAGCGACUCACAUGUACUGUCUGCGGGAGAUCGCCUCGAGGAAAGGUUUCGCCUACAUCCAGUCGAGACAAGCUCUGAACUCCGUGGUGAAGAUCACAUCCAAAAAGAAGCACCCAGAACUGAUCACGUUCAAGUUCGGCACCAACAACUCAGCUGGAGUGGAGAUAUCAGCGGUUGAGAGAUAUUUGAUACCCAACGCAGGCGACGCCACCAAGGUCAUUAAGCAGCAGAUCAUGAAAGUCCUCGAUGCUCUGGAGAGCUCGUAAAAAGGGAGACGACGGGCUCAUGACGGCCAGCCGUGACACAAAGCGUAAGAAGAGUCUCUGUCUGCCAAGAGUGAAACCUUCUCCCGCUCUCCCUCCUUGGACAGAUCCAGUGCAGUGUUGACUGUGAAGCCCUGUGUUGUCUGUGUUUGGGACAUGGGGAUGGGGGGGGGGGCACACACUGCUGACUGCAGGCCUGUAGGACAGGCUGUGUGUGAUGAAAUACUUAGGUGCUCCGCAGUCAUCCAACCAUUCUCUUACACUAAUUUAAACAAUAUUGGUUAUACUGUAUGUUUUUCUUUAUUAUUACAGUGCAAUUUCCACUUUUGGCAACUUCCCUCUGGCCUUAACGUAGCGCACUCACUGACCUGUUCCUCUUUGACUCAUUUGUUUUGCAGUGCACAGUACUGAAGCUCGGUCAUGUCUCUUUAAUUUUCAGACGCGUUGGCAGUGGAUUUAAUCAUAGUUCUGGUCAGGAAGCGAGCAUGAGGCAGCCAGCUCAAACUUUAAAACGCACAUCCCAAAAAAAACAAAACAAAAAAAAAAACUGAAGAAAAGAAAGCAGUGCUGGCACAUGAGGCAGGUUUCCUACCGCAACUGUUUUUGAUAACUUUUUCUUUUCCAGCAGGCAGCCUUAAAUAAUAAAACUUAUUUGAGGAAGUUUAUAAAUAUUUGAUGUAUAUAUUGUGUAAGCUGCACAGACCUUUGCAAUGUCCUUUUGAAAAAGCAUAUCCUGAUAGUUAGAAUAUGCAGUGAAACUUUGAAUGGCUCCCCUCUUUCUUUCGAGUUUACGAGAGAUAAUUUAUUCUCUGCUUUUACAUAUAAUAAUUAAUUAACCUCAUCUCAUUAGCAGUGUGAUGUAGCUCUCUGAAAGCACUGUUCACAGCCCCUCUGGACUACGUUAGUAUUACAACAAACAGGAGGUAUGGUGAUUGUAGUUAUUAAGAGCCUGAGCACCUCUGUAUUUUUUCCAUCCUCUUCAGUAUGUGAAUUAUUUCAAUUAACCUCAUAAUAAAACAAAUCGCUGAUUGCGUUGGCAUCUGGAAGGCAUGCUGACUCCGACAUAUUUGGAAAGAAACGAUCGCCGUGACGAGGACUGCGCUUUGCACUUUUAGGCGCAGCUCUGAGAGGAAUGAAAAGAUAAUUUGUAAAAAGAAAAUAAUAAAAAAAAGUCAUCAUAUAUCUAUCUAUGUUUUCAGAUCUUCUCCAUCGUAUUAGUGGAAACUAGGCAGUUUCAGUUUGCUUGCCACUGUUGCCUUCGGCCUCAUGCCUGUGAUGUGUGAUUAUUGGCACCAGCAGUGGCAACAUAUCACAGUAUAUUGCUGCUUCUCCUCUAAUCUUAAACUCUGUUUCAAACCUUUGUUUGUCGCUUACUUAUUCAUUUUUGCAUUGAAGUCUAGUCGUGUAGGCAGCCUCGGGUUUAAAGUGUGAGAGUCUCUGAAGUGAUGCAACACCUCCCUGACAGCUCCUGAGAGGGUUCAUCUCCCUUUUUGUCUCCUAAAAUUAAAAACAUGCGGCACAUCUAAAAAUACGGGCAACGGAAACCAAAAACUUGAAUUAAAGACUUAUAGACGAAUCCGAUGUUUCUUCACUCCGCUCUUUGAAAGCAUUCCUGUGUAAUCCACUCAUUGUGUUAUUGUAAUUUUGUGAUCUUCUUCAGUAUUGACUGGAACAUCCUUGAUCGGGGGAGUCUUAACAUUACUCUGCAACAUCACUGGCAAAGGAUGUCACCACUAGUUGAAAUGCAACAUGUCUGAAAGUGUAAUUUGCACCUUACUGUACUGCUAUUAUUUUCUAAGCAUUUCUGUUUUUAAUAAAUGGAGAUUAUUCAACUGCA